AUGUAUUCAUAUUUGGCCCUUGUCGGCCUACUCGUUCUAGGCUUGCUCACGAAGCGCCUGUUGACACAUCUUCGUCAUCAGCGCCUAGCUCGAGAAGCCGGAUGCAAACCCGCGCCACGAAGAGCGCAUCGUCUACCCUUCGGAAUUGACCUUAUCAGAGAGUUGAUGACAGCCGAUGCUGUGGAUGAAGUCCCCAUUCAUUUCGAACGAUUGACCGACAAAAUGGCGCCAGCCCACACCUGGGAGCAACACCUUCUCGGAAGGAUGAAUUUUAUGACGGUCGAGCCGGCGAACAUCAAGGCUAUUCUCGCGACCCAGUUCAAAGAUUUCUCUCUCGGCCCACAGCGCAAAGGGAGUUUGGCUCCAAUGUUUGCCCAUGGUAUUUUCAGUGAUGAUGGAGAACGAUGGGAGCGAUCCCGAGCGCUGAUCCGUCCUUCAUUUGCGCGAGACCAGCUGGCCAACGUCGAAGUACUGGAAGUCCACGUACAGAACUUGAUGCGUGCCAUCAAUGCCAACCUCGAGGCCUCGGGCUGGACUGGCAAUGUCAAUCUUGUACCCUUGUUCUUCCGCCUCACCCUCGACAGCAGCACGGAGACGCUGUUCGGACAGUCCGUCAAUUCACAACUGUCGGCCUUGACAUCACAUCAAGACGCCUCGGCGCUUUCCGCCGAAGACCUGCAGUGGCAGAACUUUGGCCCUGCCUUCGAUGGAGCAACUGAAGAGGUGACCAAACGGUUCCGGCUGAACUCCAUGUACUGGCUGCACGACACCAAGGCUCUCCGCGACCAAUGCGCCGAAGUCCACCGUUUCGCCGACCAUUUCGUCCGACUGGCUCUGCAACCCGCCAGCGAGAAGGAUCCCGAGAGAGGCGAACAGAAGCAGCCCUACGUGUUCCUGCACGAACUCGCCAAGUCGACGCAAGACCCCACCGAACUGCGCGACCAACUCCUCAACGUCCUCCUCGCCGGCCGCGACACCACCGCCAACCUCCUCAGCUUCACCUUCUACCAACUCGCGCGCCACCCGACCGUCCUCAGCAAGCUCCGCAAAUCCAUCCUCUCCGACUUCGGCACCUACACCAACCCGCACACCCUCGACUUCACCACCCUCAAAGCUUGCACCUACCUACAACACGUCCUCAACGAAUCCCUCCGCCUCCACCCCGCCGUCCCGAUCAACAGCCGCCGCGCCGUCAAAGACACCACCCUCCCCCUGGGCGGCGGUCCGGACUUCUCCUCCCCGAUCUUCAUCCCCAAAGGCACCGAGGUCGGCUACAGCGUGCACGCCAUGCAGCGACGCACCGACCUGUGGGGUGCCGACGCCCACGACUUCAACCCGGAGAGGUGGGUGGGCCGCAAAGCCGGCUGGGAGUUUUUGCCCUUCAACGGCGGGCCGCGCAUCUGUUUGGGCCAGCAGGCCGCGCUGACGACCGCCGGGUACACGACGGUCAGGCUGCUGCAAAGGUUCGAUCAGUUGGCGGAUCUGGUGCCGCAUAAUUUGGAGACGGGGCGGGAGAGGUAUUGGUGCGCGCUGACCGAUGCGCCCGUGCAUGUUAAUGUGAGAAUUCAUGAGGCGGCGGCGGCGGCAGCGACGGCGGCAGCAACGGCGUGA